GGCAAAAGUCUCUUCGAUGAAAAGGGAAGCCAGUAUCAAACCCAGAGCCGGCUUCAGGCCAAGAAGGGCCGCCAGGGUCAGCCUCUGCCAGGUCACCUACAGAGCGCAGCAGCCGCCCGCUACCGAGCCCGGCCUCCGCGCGCCCCCGGUUCCCGCCCGCAUUCCCGCCCCGCCCCGCCGCGCGCCCCCGGACUCGCCCCCAGAUUCUCGCCCGCGCUCCCGCCCCGGCCUGCCGCCCGUCGCAGACACCACCUCCCCUCAGCCGGCUCGUCACCCGGAUCCCCCAACAUCGUCGCGCCGCCCAACCAGAGGCAGAAAUACGCAGCCCAGCGCCGGCCACCGAGGCCCCAAGGAGACAGCGACCUGCGAGCACGCCUCCGGGCAGCGAAGGACAAAGAGCAGGGUGGCUCGGCAGAGAGCGCUUGCGCGAUGGAAUGUCGCGCAGAACUACCGCUCCCAGUGUGCUCUGCGGGACGCGCGCCCCGUCCGAUACGCAGACGCCCGAGAAAAGCGCACGUGGGGGAAGCCCCUGGAAGAAGCCCGUGGGAAAGUCCGUGGGAGAGCCCGUGGUUGGAACGGUGGGAGCAGCUGUAGGAGCAGCCGGCGGUGGAGCUGUGGGAACUGGAGGACCGUGGGAGGAGCCUUUGGAAGGAGCCUGGAGAAGAUCUCUUGGUCGCUCCAAGUGUCAUGGUUACUUUCCUUUCAGGUAAAUUUUCCAUUUUACAUCUACAAAACAAAGUCCCAUUAUCUCCGUGUUCUAUGGAAUUUCACUAUGUUCCUUCAAAUUCCCCAGCAAACUCCUUCACAAAGGCUCUGCUGUUACCCUCUCCAAGGCCCUUCAGGCUUUAAUAAUAUAUUCCAUGAGCUUCAAGCAUGUGGGAGGCCACUCUGAAUGAUUUGUGUUCUCAGUCCUGGAGUGAAGAAGCUUUGACACUACCUGGACAUUGCCCCGGUCCCGGAAGUUUGAGGAUGUGUCUUCAGACAUAGGUGUGUCGCCCCAUGGAUUGAGCUACACUCACCUGUUCCUUUGUGAUAUUACCCCUUUUCCCUGUUUCGGAUAGAAUGUAGAGAAUCAGAAGUAACUGUGUUACUAUUACUGUCCUUGAUGGAGUCUGCCUGCAAACAGGAUAUUCUGUCAAGGUAUAGAUAUGUAACAGCGGACAUGCUUGAAAACAAGGUGUCUGCUGUCCUUGGGAGGGUCUACUCGCAAACGAGAGGGUCCUUCAAGGUUUAGAUAAGGUAACAGUGGACAUGCUUGAAAACGAGAUGUCUGCUGUCCUUGGGAGGUCUUGCCUGCAAACGGGAUGUUCUGCCAAGUGGGCUAGGAGGGUGCUGAGAAAAAUUUUUUAUCUGUUCUAAACAAAGAGCAGAGCUCAGCAUACUCUAGGUCAAGAGUAGAUUAGCCAUGAGAAGUGGGUCACUUCUGAUUAGAAAGUACAACUUCUGUAUGCUAUGUUUAAUUAGCUGAAAGACCUGAUUUAUUAAUGUUGGAAGGCUGCCU